GCAUGACCCUGUUCAACCUCGACUCUAGGAAGGAGGCACAUACCGAAUUAUUCAAAGUAGGCAAGAAGAAACUCAUUCCGUCUGCAAAUUGGGAAAAGAUUUAACUUUGAUGGAAAACGGAAAAGCUUUAUCGGCUAUUACAUAUUCUCUUACGAAACUCAAUUUUAAUAUCGGAUCCAAUUCUCAAUACCCCGUCACCACCACUAUUCCCACCUCUCAAUUCUCCAGAAAAACGUGGGAGAAGAGAAGGCCCCCGAGUUUAGUAAGCUUGUGCCUUGAAAUUAUUGGAAAGCAUUUGGAGGAUAUAAUUCUAGAUUUGGAUGAAAUUGCUGGCAAUUUUCCUGCUGACAUUAAGAUGGCAAUGGCUGCCAUUGCCAGAAGAAGGAAGUUGCUAAACGAUGAGGUUAUUGUCUCUCUAGCUGAUAGUUCCUGGGAGUUUCUUGACAUCUCUGGCUCAGAUGUUUCAGAUAUUGGCUUGGCAAAAGUGGCUGAAAUCUGCAAGUCUCUACGAGCUGUAGAUAUAAGCCGGUGCAGCAGAAUUACAACAGGUGGGGUUUCUAAACUAGUGCAGCAUUGUCAUUCGUUGGUGACAUUAAGAUGCGGAGGGUGCCCGAGAAGUGACUACACUACACGCAGGUGCUUGGGUAUAUUUAAACCUAAGCUACAUGAUAUGGAAGGAGAUUCUUGGGAAGAACAUGAUACUGCAGAAUUUGUUAAUGGUGCAGAAUCAUUACGGUGGCUUGUUUGGCCGAAAAUUGACAAAGAUACUUUGGAGAUGUAUGCCACUGAGUGCCCACGGAUUGUUGUGAAUCCUAAACCAUCACCCUUCGGUUUCAGAGGGACCAAAGUUCCCAGGGAAGCAUUACCAGACAUUGCACUCGAUGACCCAAUUGUCGAGGAUAUCAAUCCCAAAACAUGGGUGUUGCACGGGUCGGUUCCGAAUGCUAGGUCUCCUCUUCUCUCAAGUUCGGUAGAGUUGUCCAUGGCUGAAAAAUUCAGACUUGCGUUUGAGGAAAGGGACAACAGAUUGGCUCCUAAACGAGCAAAAAAUGCCAGGCAACAUCAGCGGCGUGCAGAGAGGGAGUGGACGAUGAUGGACGCUAGAGCAAAAGCACUUGCCCUGGCCUCACAAGCGAGCAAGUCCUUGCACGGUCGUAGCUAGCCUAGUAUAAGUUACUUCAUAUUUGAUUUGGAGGCUUUCCCUAGAGGUGCCUGCAAUAAAACAUAUAUAUGGUUUCGUACUUUUAUAGUUGGGACUUGUGUGCAAUUGGUGGUAUUCUUUAUCCCAACUAGACGCCCUUGUAGGCAGGUAUAGUUUUUUUCUUCAAUGGAAAAUUAGAGUUAUACUAAUAAAAUGACAGAUUCAUUCAACCAA